CCAUGAUUUGCCAGUAUGCAUGCAUGCAUACACGGACACACAUGCAUGCACACGCACAAACGCGCAUACAUACACACUCACGUUCAUUCCUACUGAACAAACUGCACAGUAAAGAGAAGGAUAUCGUACUGCCACAGGCAGGGGUGAGGCCGGAGAGCCGCAGAGUGAGGGCGAUUCUUGAGCUAGUGCUUCAUUAACUUUUUUUUUUUUUUUACAGCUCUCUCUGUUCAGGGGUGACAAACCUAUCGUCCUAUCUGAAGCAUGUACAGAGCACGUUUUUUGGUUUUACCAGUCUGUCCAGAUUUUUCCUAAUAUUGUCAAAGAAAUGUGAGAGAGCAGCCAAGUGUUUCUGGGACUUGUGGAGACUUGAGAUUUACUUUUCUUCCUUGGAUGAGACCCUGCAGACCCUCUCUCCGCUCAACAAAGGUGUUUGUUUAUUGACAGAAUGAGCAGCUUUUUGUAUUUUGUCCUUCCUGCGUUGGGGGGAUACACGCUCACCUCCUUGUACCUGCUGAAGAACCCGCACAUUCUCCACAGGAGGAAACGCACAGGCUUUUAUUGCACACAUAUCUCACACCGAGGAGGUAGGAAGGAGACAUGUUUUCUACACGGAGGGUGUGGGGAGAGAAUAGAAAGCACCAUGGAAGCCUUCACACAUGCGCUGGAACAGGGCACCGAGAUGUUUGAGUUGGACUGUCACCUGACACAUGACGGACACGUGGUGGUGUCCCAUGAUGAGAACCUGCUGAGGCAGACAGGACACGACGUUACCGUCUCCUCACUCAAUCUACAGGAUUUGCCUUUGUAUAAGGAACAACUCGAGGUGACUUUUUAUGCAGGUCACUACAGCAGCGGUGCAGACAGACAGUUUACUCUCCUUGAAGAAGUGUUUAAGAAAUUCCCUCGUGUUCCUGUCAGCAUUGAGCUUAAAGAGAACAACCAUGGGCUGAUCCAGAAGGUUUCUGAUCUGGUGAAGAAGUAUCACAGGGAGGAAAUCACCGUCUGGGCCUCAGUCAACUCCAGCAUCAUGAAGGAAUGCCACAGAACGAACGCCUCAAUGCCGUACAGUUUCACUGUGAGACGAGGAGUGCUUCUUCUGCUCCUCUUCUACAGCGGCCUGCUGCCCUUUGUGCCACUGGGCGAGAGCUUGCUGCAGUUCUACCUGCCACGUAUCUUCAACAGGACGUUCAUUCCUGAGAAACGUUUCUUGAGAAACAGGCUGGUCGUCUCUUUGUUGGGCAAAGUAACAAUGAGGAGGAGUCUGUUCAAACACCUCGCAGAUCGAGGAAUUCAGGUGCAUUUGUUUGUGUGUAACGAAGACGAGGAUAUAAAAGCUGCAUUUGACGUUGGAGCGACUGGAGUGAUGACGGACUAUCCCACCGUUCUAUCGAGAUUCCUCUGCCAAAACCAAAGCCAGGAUUGUGGACAAACAGCUCUGCAGUAAAAUAAA